AAUAACCAUAAAAGUACCCUAAAAUUCUAUGAAGCCACUAAUUUAUUUCGAAUUGUUUAUUUUUCUUGGAAUACUCCAUAUAAGAACCCCACGGGGCUAUGCUUCGAAGAGAAGUGGAUCAAGGAUCAUGCAUUCAAGAGAACUAAUACCUCAAUCUUGGUGAAACAAUUUCUCAUAUUUAUCCACUGGGCGUUUAAAACCCUCUUCCCUCUCUCACUUCUUCUCAUUAUUCACGAAGACAAAAACUCACAAUCUCAUCAUCAAAAUGCCGCCCUCAGAUAUUCGAGUUGAACCAAUCACUGAUCCCGACGACUUCACGGCAGCGUUCAAAGCCGUCGCUAACGCAUUUGGCCACCAAACACAUGAUGCCAUCUGGAUUGCCUUCAACCCAGGUUGGGAUACCCCCGAGGGUGAGAGAGUAGGUACUCAACGUCUAGUUGAUCGCUUUUCACACAUCGCCACGAACCGGGACGGCCAACCCAACACCAUCUUUGUAAAAGCCACCAUCGACAACACCAUCGCUGGCCUCGCGAUAUGGGAGCAAGCUUCUGUUGUUCCAGGCUAUGGCAAUCCCCCCAGUGAUCUUGAAUCAUCGGGCUAUUUCAAGAAGCUGUACCCUGGGAACGAAAAGGAGCAGAGAUUUCUUGCUCAGGCGGAUAAGUCACUGUUUGGGCGACGAAUCGAGAUCAUCAACGAGAAAGCCGAGGCAUCUCCUCCUGCAGUUUUUGUAAUGGAUCUUUGUGCUGUUGAUCCCAAGUUCCAGAAAAGGGGGCUUGCGUCUAGGAUGGUGCAAUAUGGCCUUGAUGAGGCCAAGAGAAGGAAUCUGGAGUGCAUUACUGAAGCAUCCACCAUGGGAAGGUCGGUGUAUCUGAAGUUGGGCUUUAAGCAAGAGGGCUCUGAGACGGUUUACAACAUGGAUGAUGAGUUCAAAGAUAGGGACCUGCCAUCCAAUGUCGUUCUAAGAACCGGCAUCUAGGCCAAAGCGAGUGAAAUUGAAUAUAAAACGUCUCAUAUUGUAUGGCAAUUUGCUCAUCGUCACUCGCACUCAAAUAUCGUCGCCAAUUUUGUUUCUUACAGGGUAUGAGGCUUCACCUUGAGUCCUU